GGUGGACCGUUCAUCCUGCAGGCCAGGGGCUAGCUCGACUGCACUGGACUACUGCCGACUGACUGCGCCUGCGCGCGCUUGAUGAUAAGGGUCACGACACCUGUCAUGGCCAACCUUCUCUGGAACGUGGGGCUAAAGGCCUUAUUUCUGAUUCCAUUUAUCAUCUACAGUAUUUCCAAGGGAUUUGUGCUACUCGGGUUAUCUCUUAUCUUUCGAGGAAGAAAAUGGAUGUUCGAGAAAAAAGAGCGAACUGGUCGACCGCCAUGUAUGGAUAAUCCGAGUUUCGGAACUCACAAAACUGUCCGAGUCAAGGGAUUAAACCUUCAUGUGGUUGUAUCUGGUAAUCCUCAACACCCCCUGAUGCUCUUCCUUCAUGGCUUCCCAGAAUGCUGGUAUUCCUGGAGACAUCAAAUCAAAGAAUUCAACAAAGAUUAUUACUGUGUGUCCUUUGAUAUGAGAGGUGUCGGCGAGUCUGAUGCUCCAUUGGGUGUCAAGAAUUAUAGCAUUGAUGAACUUGUCAGUGACGUGAGCGAAUUGGUGAAAGUUCUCGGUUACACAUCCUGUGUUGUCGUUGGACAUGAUUGGGGUGGAGCAAUCGCUUGGGAGUUUGCUUCCCGCUAUCCAGACCUGGUCGAGAAAUUGAUCAACAUGAAUAUACCCCACCUCGAAAGGUUCAGGGAGGUUAUGGAAAGUGGUACAUCUCAGCUUUUCAUGUCAUGGUAUAUUAUGUUCUUCCAGUUACCCCGUCUUCCUGAAAUUUUGAUCUCAAUGGGAGACUACGCCAUGAUCAAAGCGGCUUGCAAGAAAGGUCCCACAACAGAUGAAGAUAUAGAAGCCUUCAAGUACUCUAUGAGCAGACCAGGUCGAUUAACUUCAUUCCUGAACUACUACCGGGCAAUGGUCCGGUAUCCACCGAAGGACGGGAGAGAUAGGAUCCAAUGUCCUACCCUACUUAUCUGGGGAACAGGGGACACGGCCCUCCACACUGAUAAUUCCUAUGGGACAGAGAAGUUCUGCGAAGAUCUCACGGUGGAGCGUAUAGAAGGAGGCGAUCAUUUCAUCCAACAGGAACGACCUAACGAGGUUAAUGAGAUCAUGAGGAAGUAUCUCGCUGACCAUUAGAUUCCUCAGGUCAAGCCAAGGCUGUCUCUCUCAACUUUUUUGCAUUCAUUGGUUGUUUGAAAAUGCAUUGCCUUUCUAUGUUUGAGCAAUGAAACAAUCAUACUAAACCAAGACAUUGGACAGACGUUGAAUUACCGGUAUGUAGAAUUGCAAUAAGUUCUAGAACAAGAUAUGUUUAUCAUCUGAUUUUUCUUUGUUUUGCUUUUGAUCAGAGCUUCAGGAAUCAUAUUAUUGAAUUGCACCAUACCUUUUCCAUAAUGAAAUUUGUGGAUGACAUACAUGUAUAUCAAUUAAAAUAUAACUAAAAAAUAAAGACAAUCAGCCAAUCAAAUUGUCAGUCAACAAUCCAAUUAAUCAAAUGGUGAGUCCACAAUCACUCAAACAUGGCAACUCAGCAUCCCUAACUUUUAGAAAGACAAAUGCAAUCUGCCAGAAGUACAAGAGAGAAUAAAAAGUUCUUAUCGUUAAGUGAUUAUAAUAUAUCAUAUUCUGAAACAUAUUUAAUACUUAAGAAAUUGAUCCAAUAUGGCAGUUUCUUUCACGUGCAUAUGCUAAGAACACCAUUAAGAUGCUCUACACCAAAAAUUUGAACAGUUAACAAGCUAGAGGAAAAAGUAUGAUUUUUGGAUACUAACUUAUGCAUAUAAUUAAUAGUAAUUUGCAUGAAAAAAAAUUAUAAUUUUGUAGAUUAUUUCCUAGACAACCUGCAUGCCAAUUUGCCAAUUUUCAGAGUGAUUGUGCAUUCGACGCCAUAUGAUCUCCCUAAAUGGUCUGCUGGCCAAGAUAGGGUUACACAUUCUUAAUUUAUUGUGGGAUGCAAGUGCGCUAGAUUUAAGCAACUCAGCACUAAACCAUCGAAUACUAUCUCUCUUUCCAUGGAAGAUACAACAUCAGUAUCAAAAUACACUGUACAUACCAGAUGAAAUAGGAAAAAUACACGUUAUUAAGCAGCUACUAAUUAUCUGGCUGUAAAAAUAAUAGCUGGCUCCGGUCCAAAUGGCGAAUAGUUUAAAUAUGGAAGCCUUCUAUCUUUCAAUUCAAACUAUUUGAACUGCAUGAUAAUGCUUAAUUUCUAUGCCAAUGAAUUUAAAUCAGUCCCUUGUGAAUUUUCAUUUCUCAUUCAUUUUUUAUUCGAGAUUCAGAAUAAUCAUGUGUUUUUCAAAAUACAUGCAGUAUUUAUGUUUGACACUUGAUAACAUGGAAAUGGUUGAUUUAUUUAUGUAAUUAAAGAUGGUAAUGUUUGGUAGUUGUUUACAUGCAUUUACACAAGGUGCUGAUGUGUGAGAGAAUAUACCAUAGAAUAAUUUGAAAUCAAUGAGAAUUAUACUGUCGUUCUCUGCCCGGCUAAUCUGUUUGUGAUUUGUUUCUUCUUUUUUUUUUAACUUGAAACGUAAUUGCUGAUAUGUCAUAGCUGUAAUAAUACUUGUGACAUCAAGCUGAAAUCAGAAUUCAUUCUAUCCAACAGUUGUGUUUAUCGUUCUGUUUCUAUAUUGUAAAUCAAAAUUUACAAUUAAUUUACAAUAUUCGGCAUUCUAUGAAAAGUGAGAAAAGAACCACAAAGUAUUUUGUGACAUUUGAUGAAAAAAAAUGUCAUGGAUGUGAAAAAAUUAUUGCAUAUGUUUAACGUUAUUAAUUUCCAUUGUUAAUGGCAUAUGAUUAGUAUAUCACAGCUUAUUUCUUAAUAUUAACAUGCAUUGCACACAUUGUAAAGACAAGGAAAACGAAAGGUACUAAUUUUAUAUUUGUAAAUAUUAUGAAUACAUCAUCUGCUCUAAUGAAAUAAUAAAUAUUCCCUGAAAUGAAUAAUUUGUGAUAUAUUGACUGCAUUUUGUUUGUUUGAAUUCGGACAAGAGUCGCUGAUGUGAUUAUCAGCGUGAUAUUCAUGUAUAUAUUGUCGGGUUCGCUGGAUUGCAACCAUUCUGCCCCAUAUUUGAAGAGGAUAGUCCUGUCUUUGUAUGUAUGAGCAUAUUCCUACCACCUCUGUCAGAUAGAGGUGGAUUGCAACCAUUCUGCCCCAUAUUUGAAAAGAGGAUAGUCCUGUCUUUGUAUGUAUGAGCUUGUUCCUACCACCUCUGUCAGAUAGAGGUGGAUUGCAACCAUUCUGCCCCAUAUUUGAAAAGAGGAUAGUCCUGUCUUUGUAUGUAUGAGCAUGUUCCUACCACCUCUUGUCAGAUAGAGGUGGAUUGUAACCAUUCUGCCCCAUUCUGCCCCAUAUUUGAAAAGAGGAUACUCCUGUCUUUGUAUGUAUGAGCAUGUUCCUACCACCUCUGUCAGAUAGAGGUGGAUUGCAACCAUUCUGCCCCAUAUUUUAAAAGAGGAUACUCCUGUCUUUGUAUGUAUGAGCAUGUUCCUACCACCUCUGUCAGAUAGAGGUGGUAUAGGUCCAUGGUAAGAGACAAUUAAGUAAUCCACCUCAUCAACUUUUAUAGGGUAUCAUAUUUGAUACCCAUUAUUUAAUUCCAGGCACAUCAAUAGUUUCAGAAAAAAAAUCUUUGAAGUUUAUUUCAUUCUGCGAGUACACUUAUAUGACAUACACCUUAGAAAACACAGUUUGAACAAAAUAUUGCAUCUUCCAUUAUGCCCAUGAUCAUGUGAGACCGUAAAUAAAUGAAAUCUUUCAAGUUUUACCUCACAAAACAUAUACGGUACGUUUUAUCACAUAGGCCUACUUUCGUGAAACUUCAUAAUUCUCCUCAAUGAAAAUUAUAAGUUUUUAAAAGAGGGUACAAAUGAAUAAUUUUUUUUUAUUUCAUUGAUACACCCCAAACAAAAAAAAAACACUGAAUGCUUGAAUACAUGCCAUUUGCCACCUUUGUUUUACAAAAAUCUGAAAUAUAUUUCAGCUUCCAACUUUCCAACUGAUUUCAAGGAUUAAUGCAUAAUCUGUGACACAACAAAUAUUUAAAGUUUGGUUAUAAUUUCGAAGAGUGCGAGGGUGGGUUUGAGCCGUUGAUGCAGUCAUCGUAUUGGAAUCGGUAUGAAGUGUUUUGAAGUCACAUGCAUAAACUAUUUUCUCAAACCGACCUAAAUCGUUUUUAAAGGGAUAUUCGAGGCUGAAAAUAAUAGGAUUUCUGUUUGUGGUAACUCCCGUAGGAACUCGGCAGGACAGCAUUUCUGCUGGUAAACGCCAAGCUGGUAUAUAACAAUUACAUUGGAAACGUUUUACAUCUAGGUUAAUCAGUCAUAGUGGCUGACGUAAUGAACAGAGAAAGAAAAA